GAAUUAAUGGUUCAGGUGUUUACUGUAGGAACAACAGAGUGGAGAAUGAAAGAACCUACGACUCCACAGUUGGCAGAUGUAACGGGACCACCUGAGGUUCUCGUUGAAGGAUCUCUCCAUUGGGUGACUUUUGUUGGGAUGGGAGGAGACGGUCCUAUCUUUGGUAUUAUCUCCUUCGACCUUGCAGAUGAGGUGUUCGAAGAAAUUCCACACCCACCUUGUCAACGAUUUGUGAUACGUGAGUACAGUCUUUCGGUGCUCAAUGGGUGUCUAUCGGCAGCUGGGUUAGUUGAUACUUUGCAUUUUGAUAUCUGGGUGAUGAAGCAAUACCAUGUUAAGGAAUCUUGGGUAAAACAAUUCUCCUUUGACCCCUGUUCUCCUGGUGAAUGGCCAAGCUACUCAAGAAUAUUUCCCGAAUUUAUAUGUGCACUGAAGAAUGGUGAGAUUCUGUUGCGUUAUGAUGACAAUUCUCUGGUUUCUUAUGAUCCUGUGGAAAAAAGAUUCAAGACUCUUCAAAUAAGUGGGUUACCCAAUUAUUUCCAGGCACUUCCUUUUCGACUUCUCUUUUCUCAGCAAAGGCAACCAUGAAUUUGUAACUUUAACGCUCUCUCUUGAAUCAACCCUUUUCCUGUAAGACUCUACUACUAGUUUUCAGUUUGUGUUGAAUCUUUUAUCAUCAAUGCAUCAGCAACAGUUGUGUUAUUUACAUCAUCAUGGGUUUUUUCUGUAAGACUCUACUACUAGUUUUUAGUUUGUGUUGAAUCCUAAUUUGAUCAUCAAUCCAUCAGUAACAGUUGUGUUAUUUACAUCAUCAUGGAUGACCUCUGUUGUAUGGCAAUGAGAUCCAUCUUACUAUUAUCUGCCUUUUUCUCAAAAAGCAGUUCUGAAGAAUGGGGAGAUUGUGUUGGAGUGUAACAAGUGUCAUAAUGCUCCUCUCGGAAUGGUGAUUGAAGAUUUCGCUUCGAGCUGGGUGAGAAGAUUCAUAAGAGUUUUAUGUGUCUUGAAGAACGGGAAGAUUAUGUUGGAGUGUAACAAUAAAGCUCUGGUUUCUUA